AGUGUCCGUGCUGGCCCUCUUCUUCGCUACUCACGUGCUAUGUCUAGCAGCAGAACAACAACAACCCAGCGUGGACGCAGUGAUUCCUACAACUACAACGAUGACAACGAGCAUCGGUAUCGAGAUGCAGGAAGCAACAGUCGGAGUUACAGAACUACCAGCAGCAGCAUCAUCACCCACGAUCGUAAGGGGGCAUCGGUUUCCCGUCGUGAUGCCGGCGGUGAUGGUCCUUCCGAGAGGAGUCGCUCUGAUUAUGCUCGCGAUCGUGAGCUAAGGUCUUCUUCCCGUCAAGACUACCAUCGUUCUCAUCAUCAUCACCGUAGAGGAGGUUCGAGAGACCGUCCACAACAAGACUACGAUCGUACUCGUGGUGAUAGGCAUGAUCAUCACAGCAGCAAGCGGAGCAGCCAUAGGAGCCGCAGUAGGAGUGCCAAGCGAUCGAGAAGCAGAAGUCAUCACUCUGAGGAUGUGGAAAUGGACGACAAGUUGGUCGAUGCUUUGGAGUCCUCUAUGGAGGCCAUUGAUGCUAAUUCCGAUGCUGCUAUCCAAAAACGUCGAGAGGAGCGACGAAAACUACAACGGCAACUGACAGAGCGGGAGAUGAGCAGGAAACGUGAUAGAGAUAUGAGCGCUAGGCCACCAAUUGGCGGCAGUAUUAGCGUGACGAGUGGUAAGGAGAGCAUUAUGUUGGCUGUUGUGGCCAGCCCUGAUGACGAGAGCGAGAAGGGAAUGAUGUCCGUCAGUGACUUGAGCUCACCCUCGGUCCAUCCUAAUCACAAUGAGUCUCCUUCGUCAUCAGACGAGACCCCCGAGAGGCAAGGAGAGGAGAAGCUGCCUACAUCAAAGACAACUACUGCCGCUUUGCCUUCUGCCCUUGAAGCACUGAAAGCAAAGAUGGCUGCGACUCAGGCCAAGGCUCUUGCUGAGAUCAGACGACUCAAGGAGGCUGCCGAUGAGACCAUGCGGCGAAAGGCAGCUGAGACUGCUAACGCUCUGGUGUCCGAUGAAAAGGCUCAAGUUACCGACACAGAGCUCAAUAUUAUGCUCAAGCGGGCUAAGGAGAUCUACGAGGAGAGGAUCAGACAGAAGGAGAUGGGUGUUGAAGAGGAAGACGGCCAAAAUGAUGAUAAGGAAGGGUACUUCGUGCCUGGUCAUCUAGAGACCAUGGAUGGUCGCUAUGUGGUCCUCACCUCGAGUGACUCUGAUGUUGGGAAGGGAGUCUUCUCCAAUGUGGUAAAGUGCAAGGAUACGCAAUCGCUGGAAGAUGUCGCUAUCAAAGUCAUCCGUCGCAACGACAUGAUGCGGAAGGCGGCUGAAAAGGAGGUGCGUAUCCUCACCAAGCUCAACGAUGCCGCCGAUGAUAUGAUGGCUAAAGACAAGUCCGGUCGAGACCGAAGCCACAUCGUUCGUCUCCUUCGCACUUUCAACUAUCAGGGUCAUCUCUGCCUAGUCUUCGAGUCGCUUUGGAGCAACCUUCGAGAGGCUUUGAAGAAGUAUGCCCGGCCGGGCGAGCGCGGUUUGAAUCCCAAGGCGGUCUGGUCCUAUUCUCGGCAGCUACUGCUCGGUCUGAAGCAUAUGAAGAGCUGCAAGGUGAUCCACGCCGACAUCAAACCUGAUAACAUUCUAAUUUCGAAAAACCAUGGUCACCUGAAGAUCUGUGAUCUGGGGAGUGCCUGUGAGAUUCACGAGGCACAGGAGAUGGUGGAGUAUCUAGUCUCGAGAUUUUACCGCGCGCCGGAGAUUAUGCUGGGCUACCACAAGUACGACUACGCUAUCGAUAUGUGGGCUAUUGGAUGCACUCUGUUCGAGUUGUGGACGGGCAAGAUCCUUUUCCAAGGCCGCAACAACAAUGAUAUGCUCAAGCAGAUUCAGGACGCUAAGGGGAAGUUCCCUCAUAAGCAAAUAAGAGCCUCGAAGUUUGUCGAGAUGCGUCACCACUUCAACGACCAAUGUGACUUCUUAUGGCAGCAGAAAGGCGGAGGCGUGAAGGUCAUCACUACGUUCACCCCAGGAUCAGAUUCUCUCAAAGCUAGGAUCCUUCACAGCACGCGGAAGCUGUCAGAUUCUGACCCUAAUAAGCGGUGGUUCGAGAACAAGACGAAGCAGUUCGUUGACCUCGUGGAUCAGAUGACCAACCUCAAUCCGAAGCAUAGGAUUACACCAGAAGAAGCUCUGGCCCAUCCCUUCAUAGUGGAACCUUUUGAGCGGAGCGAAGGUCGAGCUUUGAAGGCUCAGUAAUUUGGUAUUGCUAGUAGUAGUAUUAGCGAGAAUAAAGUCUGGAAGUAGUUAUAUAGUACAGUGUUGACCAGCAGUAGGAGGAGGAG